UCAAGUAACAUUAGCAGAAGUACUCAUAGAGAUCUAUAACAUAUAUACUAAAAUAUCAAACAUAAUGAAAGGUGUUAACAUCCUUUUAACACUUUCUGUCUUGGGUUUGGCAACUUUCAUUGCCUCUGCCUAUGACCCAGGCCCUCUGCAGGACUUCUGUGUAGCAAUAGAUGACCCUAACAAGGCUUCAGUGUUUGUGAAUGGGAAAUUCUGCAAGGAUCCAAAGUAUGCCAAGGCUGAGGAUUUCUUCUUUUCUGGGCUUAACAUUGCUGGGGAUACUACCCAUAAAGUUGGGUCCAAUGUCACUAAUGUUAAUGUGGACAAAAUUCCUGGCCUCAACACUCUUGGGGUAUCAUUGGUUCGCAUUGACUUUGCACCAUAUGGCGAAAACCCGCCUCACACUCACCCUCGUGCCACCGAAAUCCUCGUUGUCGUGGAGGGACAACUCAGUGUCGGUUUUGUGACGUCAAACGGCCAAGACGGGAACCGCCUGUUCACAAAGGUUCUAAACAAGGGAGAUGUGUUUGUCUUUCCAAUUGGUUUGAUUCACUUCCAGUUCAAUCCAGGAAAGGUCCCAGCAGUUGCCUUCGCGGGUCUCGGCAGCCAAAAUCCAGGGACCAUAACAAUUGCAAACGCAGUGUUUGGAUCUAAUCCUGCCAUCAACCCUGAGAUCCUAGCCAAGGCCUUCCAACUUGACCAGAAAAUAGUUGAGGAGCUUCAGAAGAAAUUCUGGGUAGCCAAUUAGGGAGACCAAGAAACAACCAUAUAAUAAAAUUACUAGAAUAUGUUAUGUGUUAUGUAAUAAAUAGAAUGGUCAUGUGUCUAUGCGCCAUUCUCUCAUUUCAGUUUAUUAUGACUGAGUUGCUGAGAGCAUUGUCUCCGUACUUUGUACUGUACCUAUAGAUUUACGUGUGUUUUACAAAUUCAAUAAAGCUUUACUUU